UUUGCAUACAAGAAAGGAAGAACCGCAAAUGACCUGGUUGCUUUCAUGAAGGACCCCCAGGCUCCCCCACCCCCUCCCCCUCCUGAGCCAGAAUGGUCGGAAGUGCCGAGUGAAAUCAGCCACCUGACGGACGAAACCUUCAACGGAUUCAUUCAGGAACACAGCUCUGUGCUUGUCAUGUUCUACGCACCAUGGUGUGGCCACUGUAAGAGGAUGAAGCCAGCGUACCAGGAGGCCGCAGAGACGCUGAAGACAGCUGAUCCGGCGGCUAAACUUGCAGCUGUGGACUGCACCAAAUAUGGAGCCUUGGCUAAAACAUACCAAGUCAGGGGGUACCCUACUAUCAAGUACUUCAGGGGUGGGCAGGAUAUCCAGAAGUACCAGGGAGCCAGGGAUGCCAACAGCCUCGUGGAGUUCAUGAAAAGCCCCCCUACAGCAGCCCCAGCAGAGUGGACGGAGGGCCCCAGCGCUGUUGUCAUCCCCAUCAAAAAUAUCCCUGCCUUCGACACGUUUAUCCAAAGCCAGGAGCACUCCCUGAUACUGUUCUACAAGAAAGAGCUGCCGAAGUACACGCAAGCUAAGGCGCCCUUCCUCAAGACAGCCACCGCCUUCAGAGACGACAGUAGCAAGAAGUUUGCAGCAGUCGACUGUGAGGAGGUUACAGACCUGUGUUUGCGCGUGGGAAUCAUCCCAGAAUCCCUCCCCACCAUCAAGUUCUACGUUAAUGGCAAAUUCUCCACCAACUACAAAGAUCCCGUCACAAACGUCGACCUUUACAACUUCAUGAACGAGGCCGGAGCUGUGCCUGUAAAAACAGACGUAAAAACAGAGUUAUAACAGCGGCUUUCUUCAUAGAGGGGAGAAUUGAAUGUAGGCAGCAAAUUCCCUAUCUAGCAAACUCCAUGACCUGCUUUGUCGGGUUGGUAUGUCACCUGAGG